AUGUCCACCGGCAGGACCUUUUCCUUUGAACACAAUGACGACCAGAAUGAUUUGCAGAUGCAAGGCCAGGAUUACCAGCCAUAUCAACCUCAUGCUUUUGAAGACAGCCUUACCAGGACCAUCACCUCUCCACCACCUGAAUAUACACCCUCGUCACCCCAGCGUGUGCCAGCGCCAUCCUCCCCCUCAACAUCACCACGAAGACGACCCAUCCCUCAAGACACACACCUUCUGAAUGAUUCUUCUCCUACCAGAACCCAAUACCAAGAGGCCGAUUUCGACGACUUACCGGCACCACCUCCUCCACCUCAUAGAAGUAGCCCGACCCGACUGUCAAGAGACAAUCCUGGCUAUUCACAACCCUACCGGCCUUAUUCCGACGUCACCACCGGCGCGGACAAUUACGGGGAUCAAGUUGUUGGUGGUGGUAUGAACACAAUAGCGCGAGGUGUGGCAGACACUCAUCCCCGUGAAAGUGGUAUAGAGGCCAUGCGAUCAGUACCUCAGUCCUACACUCCUUACAGCUCAGCCUAUGGUCGAGACCCCAGCCCGUCUCUGCAAGAAUUGCCCCCAUCGCAACUGCCUUCGCGCAACUCCUAUGGCUCAUCGUUUGCUCUCGCCGCGGGAGCCGCGACCCCUCCAAGUGGUUCACCUGGUCCAAGAUCUUCGGCCUUUUCUGGCAGAAGCAUACCACUUGACGAUUACGGCGGAGGUCAUAAUCGACCUAUGUCCUACUUAGGCUACCAAGACUCACCCUACCAGACUCCUUACAAUCCAUCACUCAGCUCAGCGAAUAUCAUGAACCAAGCGCAUAUCAACCCGAACAACAUUCUCGACGAUGGUGAUGAGGAGUUCUCCCAUGCCCAGCAGAUGGACAAUAGACCAAACGGUGCUGAUAGUUCAGGCCCUGCAGCAGCAGCCGCUGGUGCUGGAACUGUUGGGGUCUUGGGUGGUCUUUUUGGGCGCAGGGCCAAGAAUGUGACUUCCAGUGGUUCAUAUGACCCCGUUGGGAAUGGCACAAAGGCCGAGAAGAGUGACUGGUUAGCGCAACAAACCCAGGGCAAGCGGAAGAUGCGACGGUGGGUGGGUAUUGGCAUUGGACUGUUCGUUGUCCUCGCAAUCGUCGGUGCCAUUGUUGGAGGCGUCCUGGGGACACGCAAUUCCGACGGUGAUUCCAGUUCUAGUGGCGACACCAACAACGCAUCCACGGAUACUGCAAACAAUGGCGAUCUGAGCAAAGACUCGCCCGAGAUUCAGGCGCUCAUGAACAACAAGGAUCUCCACAAAGUCUUCCCAGGCAUGGACUAUACCCCCUGGGGUACCCAAUACCCAUUGUGUCACACAUAUCCACCUUCGCAAAACAACGUGACCCGAGACAUGGCAGUCCUAUCUCAGCUGACGAAUGUUGUUCGUCUGUAUGGCACAGAUUGCAACCAAACCGAGAUGGUGUUGCAUGCAAUUGAUCGACUCGGAUUGACCGAUAUGAAACUGUGGAUGGGAGUAUGGAUAGACACCAACCAAACCACUACCGAUCGACAGAUGGACCAGAUGUACAAGAUCUUAGCAAACACCAAGGAUCACUCUAUUUUCAAAGGCGUCAUUAUCGGCAACGAAGCACUGUACCGCGCAGGAGAAGAUAAAUCACAGUCCGAGCAAGAGUUGAUUGAUAUCUUGACUGAUGCCAGAUCCAAAUUCAAGAGCAACGGAUACGAUCUGCCAAUAGCAACGUCGGAUCUGGGUGAUAAUUGGAACGCACAACUUGUACAGGUUGUGGAUUACGUUAUGUCCAAUAUUCAUCCGUUCUUUGCUGGGGUCACUGCCGAAGUGGCUGCGGGCUGGACAUAUGACUUUUGGCAGACCCAUGAUGUGAUCCUGACUGAGAGUCUUCCAAACGUGAAACAACUGAUCAGUGAGACCGGUUGGCCCAGUGGUGGAGGAACCGAUUGUGGUGGCACAGACGGUGAUUGUUCACCUGGGCAAAGCGGAUCUGUAGCCGGGGUUGAUGGCAUGAAUACUUUUAUGAAUGAUUGGGUGUGUCAGGCAUUGUCCAAUGGCACGGAUUAUUUUUGGUUUGAAGCAUUUGACGAGCCUUGGAAAGUCGUGUACAAUACCCCGGGAAAGGAAUGGGAGGACAAAUGGGGUCUCAUGGAUCCAGGAAGGAAGUUGAAAGCUGGUUUGAAAAUUCCAGAUUGUGAUGGUAAAACUGUGGGAUCAUAA